AUGGAACAGGCCCUGCUGCAGCGAUUCGACGACGUGGUGGCUGCCGGCCGUGCGGACACGCCUUUCCUGGUAGUUCCGCCGAACAGCGAGCAGCAACUGAGCACACUCACACGUUCUGCUGUGCAGCGCUGGCAAAAAGACUGGAAAGGCUUUGGUUUGGUUUCGAAGAUCCCGCUUGAUUGUUGGUUCUUCAGUCCCUCGAUUUGGGGAUUGAGAUGA